GACAUCUUCGAACGUAGCAUAGGUCUUUCCUGUUGACACGGAAGUGACGAACUCCAGAACAAGCAUGUGCGCUUUAGAGGGGAACCCGGAUGAGAGGUUUUAGUAGAGUUUUGCUAAACAUUACCAACAGCGGUUAAAUAAAAAGCGAUCGACCGAGAAAAAUGAGUGAAUCUCAACGCUACCCGCCCCCGGACUUUGGCUGUCCUCCUCCGAACUUCAUGCAGCCGCCGCAGCAGAGCCACUCCAGCAGCUUUCACCCCAGCAUGUGGAGCUGGGGACAAACGCCCUCUGAGCCCAGCUGGGGGAAAAGCGGCUACUAUCACGGCCAAGUGGAUGGACCUGCUCACUAUGGACCUAAACCACAAUCCAAUCAGCACUUCGGCGUUGAGUGGUAUCAAACUGGACAUCCCGGUGGCAGACAGAACUACAGACCCCCCUAUCAACACAACAAAAAGCAAAGAACCAGGAAGGAGCCGGAGUAUUCCCAUUACUGCGACACCUGUGACCGGGGCUUUAAGAACCAGCAAAAAUACGACGAGCACGUUUUUCUGCAUGUCAAGUGUUCUGUGCCUGACUGCAACUUCAUGGCUCAUGAAAAGCUGGUCGCCAUUCACUGGAAGAACAACCAUGCACCAGGGGCCAAAAGAAUCAAGCUGGAUACUCCAGAAGAGAUUGCGAAAUGGAGAGAAGAGAGGCGCAAAAACUACCCGACGGUUCAGAAUAUCGAGAGGAAGAAAAGAGUCAUGGAGGUGCGGGAGCAGAUCGGAGGCGUUCUUGAAACGACUCAGUUUGGGCGCAUGAGAGGCAGAGGGAGAGGCAGAGGGAGAGGACGUGGUUGGGGUAACAGAGGGCCCCUCCCUUUAAACAGCACUGCUGCAGAGACCCCCAAACCACUCAACCAUCUUUCCAAGGUGGGAGAUCCAUUGGGGGUUCUGGCCAGUACUGACCAAGUGUCAGCUACAGAUGUUGGCUCUGUUUCUCGUCUCUUCCCAGAUUCAGAUAAAGAGGAGCCCAGUACGGCUGGCCUGGUUGUGGCCCCCAAACAGAUGAGCUCAGCCCUUGGGUCAUUACUGGCCAACUACGGUUCUAUGAGUGAAAGCGACGAGGAACCGGAAGACGUCCCCAUUCUGAGAGCCAAAGAAGAUGACAGAGCAAACGAGACCCUCCUAAACAAAAUGACACCGACGUCCGAGGACAAUCUGUGCUCUAAACAUGUGGAAAAGGCCGGCGAGACUCGGACAGUUCCUCAACCAACCUCUGGCCCCAGCAUGUGGAAUGACAGAAGAGGAAGAGGAGGAGGGAGGAGAGGAGGAAGGGGACAAAGACGCAGAGACAUGCCUCAAUCACGUCGCGCGACUUUACUGGAAAUGUUACUGGCCCCAGACAUUCGCCACGAGAGGAAUGUUCUGCUGCAGUGUGUACGCUAUGUUGUCCGCAACCACUUUUUCGGGCUGGAAAACGGAUCUCAGGACCGAGAGGAGAUGAAUCAGGAAAACCUGACAGUUACUGCAACCAAUGAGCUUGAAGAAAGGCCUGUGUCCCAAUCAGACUCCAAUGUUCACCAGGAGAGACAUUUUGAAACUAUAAUUGUCCCAGACAGCAGAAAUAUUGAAGGUUUAGGCAGUGAAUCUGCCGAAAGAACUGAAGAAAGUUCUAGAGAAUCUGUGAAAAGUAUUGAAGAAAAGACUGCCACGGCCCACGACGGUCAAGAUAAUAAUAUCGCAUCUAAAUCUAAUGUCUAUGAUGAUGAAAUAUGGGAAAUGGAUGGCUGUUCUUUGAAAUAAUUUUUUUAAGACAUUACGUUGAAGUAUAUAAUUAUUUUUCUUGUAAAGAGAAUCAUUUUGUUGUAGGUGGACCUAUUAAUUUUCUCGUAGAAUAAACACAUUUACUUACAAAA